CCUCAAAACUACAGAAAGAGAGGCGAAAUUCUAGAUUGAUAGAACUGUGCUUAACUAUUAGAAAAUUUUAUUUUAAAAUUAUGGCUACUGUAAAAGACGUCGCUACAUUAUAUCAAAAUCUGAAGACCGAGUGGGCAAAGAAGCCAAGAAAGCUGGACAAAUGUGGAGAGCUCUUAAACAAAAUAAAGAUUGCUCUUACACAGUUAACGUUUCUUCCAAGUAAUAAUGUUGCAGCAAACCAAAAAGAGUUGAUUUUGGCUAGAGAUGUAUUGGAAAUAGGUGCACAAUGGGCCGUCGCCGUGAAAGACGUCAAAGCUUUCGAGAGAUACAUGUCUCAACUCAAGUGUUAUUAUUUCGAUUACAAAGACCAUCUCCCGGAGUCUGCAUUCACAAACCAACUGUUAGGAUUGAAUCUAUUAUACCUGCUUUCUCAAAACCGAGUGGCUGAGUUUCACACAGAACUUGAGCGUCUUCCAGUUGAUGUUAUAAGAACAGAUCUUUAUAUCAGACACCCGCUUGCUCUAGAACAGUAUUUAAUGGAGGGCAGUUACAACAAAAUAUUCUUAGCAAAGGGUAAUGUGCCAGCAGAGAGUUACACCUUCUUCAUGGAUACACUUUUAGAAACAGUUCGUGGAGAGAUUGCAGCUUGCAUUGAGAAAGCUUACCACACAAUCCCUUGUGCCGAAGCCGCUAGACGACUUAACUUGUCUUCUCAACAAGCAGUACUUGAGUAUGGAAAGAAGCGUAACUGGAGGUUAGGUCCUGACAACUGCUACCGGUUCACAAGCGAGGAAUUAACAUCUGUGGCCUUCUCGGGCAUUCUUCCAUCUGCUGAACUGGCUCAACAGACCAUUGAGUAUGCCAGACAUCUUGAGAUGAUUGUAUAAAAAUAAUAUUUUUUGAUUGUCAAUGCAAAAUAAACAUUUUUGUAGUAUACUAA